CAUCGCUUUAUGGCGAUGGCAUCGGGUGGGAAGCAGGAUCGAUGGGAAUCUGCUUUACUGGUUACAAAAUAUUAUAAAACGGUGAGCGUUUCGGCAGCCGGCUAUCAGUCUAUAACUACAGUCCACGAACAUCAAAAUAUUAUGCGCAUUUUCACCAUGGAGUGUUUAAAGAUGUGCGUCGUCGUGGGAUUGGUGCUGACCGCUGCACCAGGUCGGCCCGCGGAUGCAGCACCGUCGCCGGUCGGUGCUUACGUCUACCACCAGUACAAACGGAGUCCUGUCGAGUCAAACGUGGACUUGACUUCUGCGCUGGCGACGAACUUUGGUGGUUUUAAUCCGUCUGCAGCGUUGCCAGAUUUCGGUUAUGCUUCCGGUUUCCCGACCACCGCAGCAGGCUUCGGGUUCGACGAUGUAGCCAGUGGUUUACUGCACUUGUCCCAUCCAUACGCCGCUACUACAUUUGGUUCCGGGUUCGAUUCGAUCGGUUAUCCAUUUUCUGAGUCUACGCUUAAUCAACUUCAGUUCAAAACCACACUUGGUUCCGGUUCACCAUCAUCGCUUCCGGUAAAGUACGAUCCAAAGGUCGGUAAUGCCGGUCUUUAUCAAUCCAGCUCCUACAGACUUCCUGCCACCGAGUCCGUGAAACCGACUGCUCAACGAGCAGUUCCAGUGCAACAAACUAGACCCAAUGAGCAGCGAGUUCCAGUUCAGUCGCUUAAUUCCGCCCCUAACUCAUUUGUUUCACCGCAACAAUCAUAUCCUGCAGCCACCGCAUUUGAAACACAAAAACAGUUGUACACGCCUGCAAUAUCUGUGCCAUUUCAACAAUCAUACCCGUCUACCGCAUCUGGUCCUUUGCCACAGUCAUAUUCAGCUUCCACAUUUGUACCACAACAACAGUCAUACCCGGCUUCAAUAUCUGUGCCACUUCAACAGUCAUACGCAGCCACCGUAUCUGCUCCACGGCAACAGUCAUAUGUGACUGCAAUAUCUGCACCACUACAACAGUCAUAUCCAGCUUCUGUAUCUGUACAACAGCAACAGUCGUAUCCAGCCGCCGAACCUGCACAACAGCAACAGUCGUAUCCAACUUCUGUAUCUGUACCUCUACAACAAUCGUAUUCUUCUGCUAGUUCUGUCCCACUUCAACAGUCAUUUUCAGCCAUCGCAUCUGCUCCACAGCAACAAUCAUAUCCGGUCGUCGAUUCUGCACCACAACGACAGUCAUAUCCGGCUUCUGCAUCUGUAUUACAGCAACAAUCGUAUCCAGCCGCCGAACCUGCACAACAGCAACAGUCGUAUCCAACUUCUGUAUCUGUACCUCUACAACAAUCGUAUUCUUCUGCUAGUUCUGUCCCACUUCAACAGUCAUUUUCAGCCAUCGCAUCUGCUCCACAGCAACAAUCAUAUCCGGUCGUUGAUUCUGCACCACAGCGACAGACAUAUCCGGCUUCUGCAUCUAUAUUUCAACAACAGUCGUAUACGAAUACAAUAUCUGCGCCAUUGCAACAGCCGUAUGUGGCUACCGUAUCUAAGCCAUCGCAACAGUCAUAUCCAGCCACUAGCGGAGAUUUCCGAAUUUCCACAUACCAACAACCCGCAGCUAGUAGUUCAGCGGGUCCACCCAAUACUUCUAACGCUGGAUCCGUACCAGAUUUAGUUUUGGAAUUGAGACCACCACCGUACACCGCGCCCGAGUCGUCGGUCGAUUACCGACAAAAUGCAAACAUUCCAUCAUCUCCGGCAUCCUCCUAUCCACCCGCCGACAGCAAUAAAAAUAAUAACAACUAUCUUGUUAACAAUUUCGGCUUGCCGUCGGUUCCCACUGCCGGUAUUUCCAACCAAAAUCAGGUCUUCAAACAGGUCUCGAACGCCGUACCACUCCCCGGGAAUACCAAUGAUUUCCUUACGGCCGGUUCUAACGCUAAACCCGAUCAGACCCACACGAAUGUCUAUUACACAGCCCCUGCUCCAGUUUCCGGUGGUUCGAAUAGUGCACCGAGCAACGUUCCCAAUUACUAUUCCGUUCCUAGCAUAUCUUAUUCUUUAACCAGUAACUCGAACGGUGAGUUUGCCGGUUCGACUAGUGCACCACCAGCUGCCCCGAUAUCUUCUAUUGGAACCGACCGCGGAGUGCCUCCAGCUAACCCUACUGGUGGUCCAAAUCCAUCGAAUCUAGACACCAACUCAAUUCCGAGUGUGACUUACACCAACUCGAAUUCAAUUUCCGCAAACUCGUAUACCGAUUCCAAUUCAAUUCAGAGUAGUUCUUACACCACACCCGGUACUCCGAUUGCCGCCAAUCCUUAUAAUGACUACAAACUUAGUACCGACAACUUUUACGGUGACUCGAAUUCGAUUUCACUUAACAGCAAACGUGAAUCGUCCGCUGUCAACUCGUCCUAUAAACCUCCGUUACUUAUACAAUACUCAAGUAACGCGGGAAAUUAUAAAACUAUAUAGUAAGAACGUAUUAUUUUAGACAGACUGUGAUGAGUAUGACUUAAUGAUAAACAUGUAUAUUUUAUUAUUAUUUUUUUUUUUGUUUUUAUUUAAUGCAUUUAAUUGCUGUUAGUUUUAUUUUUUGGAGAAUAUGUACCUAUAUUUUUUCCAUUAUUUAUAAAUGCUAAAAUAAUAAUGCCAAUCAUUAAUAUUGUAUUAUACCUGUUAAACUAUGUUUGUAAUUAUAAGACGAUAUUUAUACUUACCUUUAUUGUAAUGCAAAUAAUAUAAUAAAUAUUUGUACCUAUAAAUAA